AUGUCCGCCUCCUCGAGUUCCGAAGGGCAGUCCAACAAAGGCCGCAACUGCAGAGCCGAUCGCUCCGAAUCGCUGCCCAAUUCGAUCGUCGCUGCCACCGUCAUCCGCUCCGAGGGCACGCCGUGCGGCCCUCCUGCUGCGCUUCCACCGUUCGUCGACUAUGGCACCCACUGGGUGCUCAGCGACACGCUCAACUUCGGAGUCAUGGCAGACAAAUCAUGCACCUCGGCCGCCGAAGAGAACGUGGGCGAGCAAACGGACGGUUCAGUCGAUGAGGAUGCCAACGACGACGCGUCGGAAACAAGCGAAAGUCAGCUGUCUGCGAAAGAAGAGGCAUCGACAAGCCCAGCCCAGCUCAGAAACUUCGCUCACGCCGAAACGCACGGCGAUCUCCACCAUCUGCUGGGCCAUCCUCUCAAGAUGUUCGGCACUGGACGGCACUGCAGGCUCUCGAUGAGCCUUCGCAGCGGAGACAUUUGGCUCACGUACAAGGGCGGCUUCGGCAGGUCCGCACCCAAGGAGCUCGGCGAGCCUGCCAAGCACGCUAGCCUUGCGCUGUCUUUCCUCUCCGACGGCUGCUUCCACACCUACUCCUGCUGCGCUGCCGGAGAAGAUGUCCUCAGGCGAAACGACCACGAGAAGCGCCACAAACUGCCGGGAAGUCUGCUUUGGGAACUUGAGUCGAUUCCCUCGGCGCUGCAGCGGCUGCUUCAUGAAGCAUCCCAGCGGAACGUCGUGGUUCAACUCGCCGUCACUGGUCACCGCGUGGCGCCAUCCAGCACGCGCUUGCUUGCCCUGCACCCACCGCCGCCCAGCACCGACCGACUGCUGCUGGCCGCUGCCAAGCUCGUUGCAGUGGACGAGACCAAUCUGGUGAUUCUCAAGGCCAUGCAAGACAAUCCCAAGGACAAGAGGAUCAUCGCCAGCAAGGCCCUGCUGAAGCAGCAUUGCGAGUACUUUGAGGCCAUGUUUGAGUCGCAGUUCAGCGAGGGUCGCCAGCUUGCAGCAGCAGAUGCCGACGUGAAUCGCCAGCAAUCUCAAGCCUCGGCACAAGGCGAGGAGCCGGCGCCGGCCGGACGCGACAGCGAGCAACCAGUAGCGGACGCGACACAAGAGGAGGCCUCGACCUCGCCGACCGUUGAGGGAGGAGAGAGUCAGCGUUCCGAGAGCGCGACUGACGAACCCAAAAAGCAAUGCGCCGACCCUGUGCGGUCGGACUCGUGCAAGCUCGCCGCCGACGCAAUACCAAGCAAGAGAGCACGUCCCGUCAGCGAGGUGCAAUGCUCGACAAAGCGACGGCGCUCUUCUCAUGGCGAUGAGAAUAGCGACGGUGCGGCCCCUUUUGCAAGCGCAGGAUUGACGGCAAGUCACCUCUCGCUGCCCGUCAUCGAGCUCCACGACGUCGACCCCCUGUCGCUGCAGGCCCUGGUCUUCUACCUGUAUACUGGAACCUGCAUGUUCUGGUCGGACAAGAGGGGCCAGACCAUCAUCUCUGAGACCGAGGCUUACCCUGGCGGGCCCGACUUCACCCGAUCGCCUUGGAGCAGCGGCAUGCAGCCUUGCAGCGCCGAGAAGAUGUACCAGUACGGCAACGAGUCGCUCCAGUCGCGUGCGCGAGAGCACCUGAUCAGCGAGCUCGACGUCCAGACCGCGUGGAAGAACCUCUUCUCGAGCAAACUCGCGCAGCUGUACGACGAAGUCCAAGAAGACUACAUCGACUUUUGCGUCGAGCACUUUGAUGAGAUAUCAGAGCUCGAGUCGUUCGAGCACACCGUGUCUGAGCUCAUCUCUGGAACGUACCCGCCAUCCGCGGCCAAGAUCCUUCGGACGGUCAUGGCUCGCAUCAGCAAGAGAGACAGGUGA